AGUACUUACUAACGAGGCUGUGGUACUUACUGGUGCAGUGUUAGCCGCAACUACGAAGAUGAGUAGCAGGUUGAUUAUUUUGUUUGUUGUGUGUGUUCUCGUGCAAGCGACAUAUGCAAGGAAGCUUCUUCAGUUUCCAUCCAUGGACAUCCCCGGCAUUGGCGGACUUGACAAAAUUAUGGGAGGUAUUGUAGGCGGCGGAGGCGGUGGCGGUGGUGGUGGAGGAGGAGGAAGUGAGAAUGGUGGAUCUGGUUGGGGAAUUGGAGGUGGCUAUGGUAGAGGAUCAGGCAGCGAAGGAGGCGGCAGUGGUGGUGGCGGCGGUGGAGGAGGAGGAGGUGCGGAUGGUGGAUCUGGUUGGGGAAUUGGAGGUGGCUAUGGUAGAGGAUCAGGCAGCGAAGGAGGCGGCAGUGGUGGUGGUGGUGGCGGAGGAGGAGGAGGAAGUGCGGAUGGUGGAUCUGGCUGGGGAAUAGGAGGUGGCUAUGGUAAUGGAUCAGGUAGCAAUGGAGGCAGCGGAGGUGGCGGUGGUGGCGGCGGAGGAGGAGGUGAAAAUGGCGGUAGUGGUUUUGGUGUCGGAGCAGGUGAAGGCCAUGGAGUUAUGGCGGCAAUUGAUCCAGUUGAAGUUUAA